AUGGAGCAACCUGAAGUCUAUGAAGAACUAAGCAAUGAACACUUAGUGUGUCGUCUAAAAAAAAGUCUAUACGAUUUGAAACAAGCACCCAGACAGUGGUACAAGAAGUUCGAAUCCUUCAUGACCGAACACAGUUUUAAGAAGACAACUGGUGACCAUUGUGUGUUCAUCAGGAGGUAUGAAGAUGAAACUUUUCUUAUACUAUUCUUAUAUGUUGAUGACAUGUUGAUCAUAGGGCAUGAUAAGACCAAGAUUGCUAGUUUGAAGAAUGCUUUAAGCAAGUCUUUUGCUAUGAAAGACUUAGGUCCUACAAAACAAAUUCUUGGGAUGAAGGUGAUUAGAGAUCAUUCCAAGAAGUUGAUAUGGCUGUCACAAGAGAAGUACAUUGAGAAAAUUCUUAAGAGAUUCAACAUGGAUAACUCAAAACUUGUUAGCAUUUCACUUACUGGACAUUUCAAGCUGAGCAAUGCACAAUGCCCAACCAGUGAUGAAGAAAAGACAGAGAUGAGCAGAGUGCCUUAUUCUUUUGUGGUAGGAAGCCUAAUUGAAGUGGAUACUAAGAUACCUGAAAGGAACUACCAAAAGAUGUCUGUCUUGGUGUGGGCUGUCUGUCGUUUGGAUAAGAAGGGAGUAAGCUUUUGUACACGGACAACACAUGAUGAUAAUGCUACAACAAAUGCAAUUGAAAUAUAUGACAGUUUGAGUGGUGCAACUCAUCUUAUAGCUUCCAAUAAUGAUUGUGGUGUGAGGGAAUAUGACACAGAAAGGUUUCAGCCUUUAAAUCACUUACAGUUUCCUUGGCCAGUGAAUCACACAUCAAUUAGUCCAGACCGUAAGCUUAUGACUGUUGUUGGAGAUCACCUCGAUGGACUGCUAGUGGAUCCUCAAAAUGGGAAGACUGUUGCAACAUUGGUUGGUCAUCGUGAUUACUCUUUUGCUUCUGCAUGGCAUCCUGAUGGACAUACCUUCGCAACGGGGAAUCAGGAUAAGACUUUCAGAGUAUGGGAUGCUAGACACUUAUCGUCUCCUAUUGCCAUUCUCAAGGGUAACAUAGGGGCAACACGGUCUAUUCGGUUUUCUUCGGAUGGUCAAUUUAUGGUGGUUGCUGAGCCUGCAGAUUUUGUGCAUGUUUAUAGUACAAAGGCAGAUUAUAAAAAACGUCAAGAGAUUGAUUUCUUUGGGGAAAUUUCUGGGUUUUCUCUGAGUCCUGAUGAUGAGUGUAUGUAUAUUGGAAUCUGGGAUCGGACUUAUGCGAGCUUGCUACAGUAUAAUAGGAGGCACCAAUAUGAAUAUCUUGAAUCCUACUUUUGAUCUUUGAUUCGUGCUGGUUGAUUUAGGAGUAUCCUUAAUGUUAAUUUAUAGAGCAGUUUGAGAUUCUAUAUCUUUCCCCUUUGUUUUUGGCAGUAUUUUAUGCAGGUCAGUAUGAUUAAUGAAGACCACAGCAUCCUAAGAUAUUUGUACAAUGUAAUCAUUCCUAACCUUAAUUCCUUGUAUUUGUGAACUCUUGAUCUGAA